AAUGAAAAUUUAGUCUUUUGAAGAGAAAUGCUCGAUUUUAUAAGAGAGGCAAAUUCGUCAUUUCGAAUGCUUAAUUAUUUUUUGAUAUCUCUCGAUUUUAUAAGUGAGUAAGUCUGUCUUCUUCCACUCCCCAUCCUCGAUCUCAGUCGCACCAGCUCCGAUCCCAACUCCCAUGGCGCUCUCCAUCUCCACUCCCACCUCGUACCCCCUCCUCGCCGCAUCCCGCCAGGUUGGCAGGUGUAGUUCACCGGCGAGGUUGGCUAAGCCUGCGACUUUCACACUCCGGAGGCCGGCUUUCGCGGCGCGGGCCGCCGCCGGCAACGCCCCCGCUUCCCCCGUGGGCGAGGUUAUCACUGAGCUCGAUGCGGUCGCCAGCUUCAGCGAGAUCGUGCCGGACACCGUCGUGUUCGAUGAUUUCGAGAAGUUUGCGCCUACUGCGGCUACAGUGAGCUCGUCGCUGCUGCUUGGGAUCGCGAGUCUCCCGAAUACCAAAUUCAAGAGUGCUAUAGAUACUGCGUUAGCAGAUGGUGAGUGUAACGCACUGGAGAAGCCCAAGGACAGGAUGUCCUGUUUCCUUACCAAGGCGCUGGCGAAUGUUGGAGCUGAACUGGCUCAUCUAGUUCCUGGACGUGUUUCGACUGAAAUAGAUGCUCGGUUGGCGUAUGACACUCAGGGCAUUAUCCAGAGGGUGCAUGAACUGUUGAAUCUAUACAAUCAACAUGAUGUCUCAUCUGACCGCCUGUUAUUCAAAAUUCCUGCUACAUGGCAAGGUAUUGAAGCCUCAAGGUUGCUUGAAUCUGAAGGAAUUCAAACACAUCUAACAUUUGUUUACAGCUUUGCACAAGCAGCAGCGGCAGCACAAGCAGGUGCAUCUGUUGUACAGAUAUUUGUUGGGCGGAUUCGGGACUGGGCAAGGAAUCACUCCGGUGACCCAGAGAUAGAUGAAACUUUGAAGAAGGGAGAAGAUGCUGGGCUUGCUUUGGUGAAGAAAGUAUAUGCCUAUAUUCACAGAAACGGGUACAAAACAAAGUUGAUGGCUGCUGCCGUACGGAACAAGCAAGAUGUACUUAGCCUUCUGGGGAUUGAUUACAUCAUUGCACCUCUGAAGAUACUGCAGUCUCUGGAAGAAUCUGUUACUGAUCCUGAUGUGAAGUACAGUUAUGUCCCGAGAUUGACUCCUUCUAUUGGUAAGACGUACGACUUCACUGAAGAAGAGCUUGUGAAAUGGGACCAAUUGAGUCUAGCAGCUGCGAUGGGGCCAGCUGCUGAAGAGCUACUCGCUUCGGGAUUGGAGGGAUACGUGAACCAAGCACGCCGCGUGGAGGAGCUCUUUGGGAAGAUCUGGCCACCUCCCAACGUUUAAGGACGCCUCACUGUAUGACAGUUUUCGGUUCCAACAAGGAGUUAAUAACAACAGGCAAGGAUGUCGCUGACCGACAUCUGCCCUGUUACUUCGGAAAACACUUCUCUUGGGAUAUGAAACGAAGUGCUCCAGCUUUACAUUAGCCAGUGAGAUGAGUAUUAUCCUUGUCUCUUUAAAUGCUCUGCUGUAUUGGUCUGAACUUACUACCGAGUAUUUCCUGCAAAUGUCCUAGCACGCACUGGUGGCAACAGUUCCUUAAUUCAGGUGGCAUUGGCAACGUUGGUUCCAUAAUUCCCUAUGUCUGCUAGUGAAAGUCAUCCUAUGUCGCUGAAUCCAUUCAGCAUUUGCUGGUUA